AUGUUGGCAGAAGGCAUCUUAAUGAGGCUCACGUAUAAAGAAAGCUGUCAUCAGGAAAGGCCUCACAAGUCUUGUGCAUCCGGAAAGGAUAAAGAAGGCAUCUGGACACAGAAACUUGUAGACAACCCUAAAAUUAAAGGCUUUGCUGGUGGACAGGAGAAGCAGGAUGAGAUUGCAGCUAGAAGUAGCAAACCAGAACACUGGAGCAGUUCGCGAUGGAGAUCCAUAGAAGAGGUACCUGCAAAAGAUCAGAAAAAGCUUCUGAAAGGGAUUGUGUCACCGGCUCUACAUAUCCCCAAAAGAGACCAGCAUCCCGAGCAGGUGGAUUUGUACACAUCCUGGUCAUGGAACAGCAUUUAUCAAAACUAUCCGGACCUACAUAUUGGGGGUGACCGUGUGGGCGCCCACACUUGCGACUCAGGUUGUGUUCUAGACCACGUGUGGGAUGAACCCCACGACGGCCCCGUUCUACUCUCCGUAGAUAUUCCUCUAGGUCAGUCUCCUCUGUGCGAGCAUCCCGAAAAGCCAAGUGUGAAGUCCCUGCCUGGAGAUGAGUCUGGAGAAAGGAGCAUCGUGCUCGGUGAGGAGCCUCUUUCGAACUCCAUGCUCAACAAGUACAUGGAAACAAAAGUGGCGGAGUUCUAUAAACAGUUUUUUGAAGAAAGCUUGGCCAGGUGCGGUUCUGUAACGAACCUCCUCGCUUGCAGCUUCAUCAGGAAUAACCUGAAUCAGAUCAGCUUUCAGAUAUCGCAGGAGCAGAAGAUAGAAACAUUAAAGGCCAGAGAAGUGCUCUUGCGCUCCUUGGCUUUAUUUAGUUCGUGCAACACCGCCAACAGGAGUAGCUCAGAGUUAAGUACUCCGGACUUACAAAUCUCAAACCCAGCAUGCAGGAAAAAGAGCUGCAGGGUGCAGUUUACAUCAUGA